AUGGCAAACGCAGAGCUGGUUCAAUCUCGUUCCUCUUCGCCCGGUGGCGUGCAGCAAGACUUAAAUCUCAAGCCACACUUUGUUGGUGGGAUCUAUGCAACUGCUACUGCAUCUAGUCCUGUGGCGCCCACACGACAGACGUCUCCACAAGCAACGUCCAUGGCAUUGGAGCAGUAUCGACUGCAGCUCUACAACUAUGCCUUGAACAUUGAGCGGUUAAGGUGUCCGCCGUACGCGACAGCCGGAGUCACGGGCGCGGGAGGUCUGCCCUCAUGGCUGCAUCCGUACAGCGGGCAUGCCGUUGGUGGGAGCGGCGGCAACCGAUUGGCCACGCUUUCGACAAUCUCGCUGUUCCCGCAGUCGCAGCGCAUCUUUCAGCCGGAGGAGCCGAAGCCGCAGCACAGCUACAUUGGAUUGAUUGCAAUGGCCAUCCUCAGCUCCGCGGAGAUGAAGCUGGUGCUAUCAGACAUUUAUCAAUACAUACUGGAUAACUAUCCCUACUUUCGAACACGUGGUCCCGGCUGGCGCAACUCCAUACGGCACAAUCUCUCGCUGAACGACUGCUUCAUCAAGUCGGGCCGGAGCGCAAAUGGCAAAGGUCACUACUGGGCUAUACAUCCGGCCAACAUGGAUGACUUCCGCAAAGGCGACUUUCGACGGCGCAAGGCACAGCGCAAAGUGCGUCGCCACAUGGGCUUAUCUAUCGACGAUGCCAGCACAGAUUCGCCCAGUCCGCCGCCAUUGGACCUGACCACGCCGCCCCCUGUCUUGCCGCCAGCGACUGCAGCGCAAGCGUCAAUUCAGUUAGCGGCUCUCAACUAUCCCUAUCAUCAGCAUUACAUUGGUCAGUUCUUUGGACGCACUCCCUACUCCAGCCAGGGUACAGGCGCUCAGCAGCAGAGCCUGGAGCCCGGCUACCAGCUAGCCCAGCAUCAGCAUCAUCCAAUUCGACAUUCGCAUUCACAUCCACAUCCCCAUUCUAUGCCGCAUCAGGUUCCGCAUCAACAUCAACAUCAGCAUACGCGGAAACGUCAGUUCGAUGUUGCAUCGCUGCUAGCGCCGGAUGUACACAUUGUGGACAUAGUGGAGGAUGAGGAUUCGUCGACUCAGCAUACGGUAAUCACAAAGGUGCAAGUAAAGAAGCAACAACUAAUCCAUCGAGAGUUGCUUGCGGAGCAACCAAAUCCGAAUCCAAAUCCAAGCUCAGCUGCAACUGUAGCUGAUGCAGAUGUGGAUGCAGAUAUUGAUGUGGAUGGAGACGGUGAUGGAGAUGGGCAGCAGUCUGGAGGAGGGCAGCGUUUGCUCUCGCCUGAUGACAAUAAUUCGUACCUUAGCGAUGCCAGGCAAUCACUGUUCGAUGCGGACAUUGCCGAGCAAGGACAGGAACCGGAACAGGAACAUGAACAGGAGCCACAUCAUUUCCCCGUUUCCGUUUCACCAACCUUGGGCAGCUCCGUGGCAAGCAGCCAGCACGAUUCCAAUUCUUUAGAGGAAUGCCCACCCGGGGCCACAUCUAGUCCUGAGUCCUCGACCAUGUCCACCAUGUCCCUGUCCCUUAAUAACGUCGAUCCACAGAUCUUGAGCCGAUACUAUGGAACCUAUAUGGCAGCCGCAGCUAGGCGCGCCACUCUGCAGGCGUCAUCCAGAGCCCAAUCUAAAAAUGUGGCAAAGCCAACGCCUCAGCUCCCGCCCAUUGAACUGUUACCUAAUAAAUCCUAGACUUUUUCAUACGUACAUACACAAGAAGUAGUCACAGAA